AUGCCCACCUCCGAACAUACAUUCCACCUUAGUGGGAGGGUGGUGGCCACGGGGGGAGUGGUUGAGAAGGAGGCGGAUGACGAGGAGGACGAGGAGGAGGGGUGGUCAGAGGAGGAGGAGGAGGAGGGGGAGGAUGAGGGGUCAGAGGAGGAGGAGGAGGAGGAGGAGGAGGAGGAGGAGGAGGAGGAGGAGGAGGAGGAGGAGGAGGAGGAGGAGGAGGAGGAGGAGGAGGAGGAGGAGGAGGAGGAGGAGGAGGAGGAAGAGGAGGAGGAGGAGGAGGAGGAGGAGGAGGAGGAGGAGGAGGAGGAGGAGGAGGAGGAGGAGGAGGAGGAGGAGGAGGAGGAGGAGGAGGAGGCGGGGGAGGAGGUUGAGGCGGGAGAUGGUGGGGGAAGGUCCCUUCCCUGCCGCACUAUUGUCUUCUCUCCCAUAAAGGGCACCCCUUUCCUUCAUUUAACCACCGUUUGUGCAUGCACUGUCCUACACUUGCUGCCAUACCAUUCAUUUUGCUGCCGCACCAUUCGUAUCACUCACCACCCGCAGUUCCCAACUCUACCAUCUCUGCCCUCCUUCCCUGCCCUCUCCUUCACCGCCUUCCUUUCACACCUUUGUUCCCCUGUUGCCUUUCCCCCUCUUUGA